CCGCCGGGGGACGGCCCGGGCCCGGCCCGGGAUCUAGACGGCCGUGGGGGAGGGGAGCCGCCCUGCCGCGGCGCAGCUCCGGAACCGCCGGGCCCUCGACGCCGCUUCUCCGGCCCCCGGGGCCGCGCUGUUUUGUUUCACCCUCGCGUUGUGCAGAAGUGAAGUGAAGUAAAAUGUCCACUAGGACCCCGCUGCCGACGGUGAAUGAACGGGACACUGAGAAUCACACGUCACAUGGAGACGGGCGGCAAGAAGUUACCUCUCGCACUGGGCGCUCUGGAGCGCGGUGUAGAAACUCUGUAGCUUCCUGUGCAGAUGAACAGCCUCACAUCGGAAACUACAGACUGUUGAAAACAAUCGGCAAGGGGAAUUUUGCAAAAGUUAAAUUGGCAAGACACAUCCUUACAGGCAGAGAGGUCGCAAUAAAAAUAAUUGACAAAACUCAGUUGAAUCCAACAAGUCUACAAAAGCUCUUCAGAGAAGUAAGAAUAAUGAAGAUUUUAAAUCAUCCAAACAUAGUGAAGUUAUUCGAAGUCAUUGAAACUGACAAAACACUCUACCUAAUCAUGGAGUAUGCCAGUGGAGGUGAAGUGUUUGACUAUUUGGUUGCACAUGGAAGAAUGAAGGAAAAAGAAGCAAGAGCUAAAUUUAGACAGAUAGUGUCCGCCGUCCAGUACUGCCACCAGAAGCGGAUCGUCCACAGAGACCUCAAGGCUGAAAAUCUAUUGUUAGAUGCUGAUAUGAACAUUAAAAUAGCUGACUUUGGUUUUAGCAAUGAAUUUACUGUUGGCAGUAAACUGGAUACGUUUUGUGGCAGUCCUCCGUAUGCAGCCCCAGAGCUCUUCCAGGGCAAGAAAUACGACGGGCCGGAAGUGGACGUGUGGAGCCUCGGUGUCAUUCUUUACACUCUAGUCAGCGGGUCACUCCCCUUUGAUGGACAGAACCUAAAGGAACUGAGAGAGAGAGUAUUAAGAGGGAAAUACAGAAUCCCUUUCUACAUGUCCACAGACUGUGAAAACCUUCUCAAACGUUUCCUGGUGCUAAAUCCAAUAAAACGAGGCACUCUAGAGCAAAUCAUGAAGGACAGGUGGAUCAAUGCAGGGCAUGAGGAAGAUGAGCUAAAGCCAUUUGUUGAACCAGAACUGGACAUCUCGGACCAGAAAAGAAUAGAUAUUAUGGUGGGAAUGGGAUAUUCACAAGAUGAAAUCCAAGAAUCUCUUAGUAAGAUGAAAUAUGAUGAAAUCACAGCUACGUACCUGUUGUUGGGGAGAAAAUCUUCAGAGCUGGAUGCUAGUGAUUCCAGUUCUAGCAGCAAUCUUUCACUUGCUAAGGUUAGGCCAAGCAGUGACCUCAGCAACAGUACUGGCCAGUCUCCUCACCACAAAGUGCAGAGAAGUGUUUCUUCAAGCCAGAAGCAGAGGCGGUACAGUGACCAUGCUGGACCAGCUAUUCCUUCAGUUGUGGCGUAUCCGAAAAGGAGUCAGACCAGCACUGCAGACGGCGACCUCAGAGAAGACGGAGUUCCCUCGCGGAAACCAGGCGGCAGUGCUGCUGGAGGAAAGGGAGUUGCUCCAGCCAGUCCCAUGCUUGGGAGCGCGAGUAAUCCCAACAAGGCAGAUAUUCCUGAGCGCAAGAAGAGCUCCACCGUCCCCGGUAGUAAUACAGCAUCUGGUGGAAUGACGCGGAGGAAUACUUACGUUUGCAGUGAGAGAACGACAGCCGAUAGACAUUCAGUAACUCAGAAUGGCCAAGAAAACAGCCUGAUGGAAAUGUUCGCUUACGCAGCUAGCCCUGCCUCUGUUUGUAAGACAUCUUCCACCUGUCGGCUGCGACAUCACAAGUCGAUGUCCAUGUCAGGCUCUGGGCGCCCCAAGAUGAUGUUACCUCCAAUAGACAGUGAAGGAGAUAACUUCAAGGCUAUCACUGUUCCUGACCAGAGAGCUCCAGUUGCUUCAACACACAGCAUUAGCAGCACCACCACCCCGGAUCGAACCCGCUUCCCAAGAGGCACUGCCAGUCGUAGCACUUUCCACGGCCAGCCCCGGGAGCGGCGCACUGCCACGUACAACGGCCCGCCCGCCUCACCCAGCCUGUCCCAUGAAGCCACACCAUUGGCGCAGACUCGAAGCCGAGGCUCCACUAAUCUCUUUAGUAAAUUAACUUCCAAACUCACAAGGAGAAACAUGUCAUUCAGGUUUAUCAAAAGGCUUCCAACUGAAUAUGAGAGGAACGGGAGAUAUGAGGGCUCAAGUCGCAACGUAUCUGCUGAGCAAAAGGAGGAAAACAAAGAAGCAAAGCCUCGUUCCCUGCGCUUUACCUGGAGCAUGAAAACCACUAGUUCCAUGGAUCCCAAUGACAUGAUGCGGGAAAUCCGCAAAGUGCUGGACGCCAAUAACUGUGACUACGAGCAGAGAGAGCGCUUCUUACUCUUCUGCGUCCACGGCGACGGGCACGCGGAGAGCCUCGUGCAGUGGGAGAUGGAAGUGUGCAAGCUGCCAAGACUGUCUCUGAACGGUGUCCGGUUUAAGCGGAUAUCAGGGACGUCCAUAGCUUUCAAAAAUAUCGCUUCCAAAAUUGCCAACGAGCUAAAGCUGUAACCCAGUAAUUACGGUGUAAAUUAAGUAGCAAUUUAAAGUGUUUUCCUGAACACUGAUGGAAAUGUAUAGAAUAAUAUUUAGGCAAUAACGUCUGCAUCUUCUAAAUCAUGAUAUUAAACUAUAAGGACGAGAGCACGCCUGGGAGCGGAAGCUGGCCUUUUUUCUACGAAUGCACUACAUUAAAGGCGUGUGACACGUGUGCCCUCUGUCUUAUUUCCAUUGCCCUGAACGUCAGCGUGUGACAUCCGUCUCCACGUGCCUCCUGUCUGUGCGGGUGUGAGAGUGGUCGGCGUGUGUGUGAAGUAGUGCUACGGAAGCAUCUCCUUACACUGGCAACCAGAGUUGUUACAAGUACCUCUGUGGGAGAUUAUUUGGUGCUAAAACAUUAAAAUUGCCAAGGAGGAAAAUACUGAAUUACUACUAAGAAUUAACUUUAAGACUAGUUGGUAAUUAAUGCAGGUUUACAGUUCAUGCCUGUGGUUUUGUGUUUGUUGUUUCGUGGUUUUUUUUAGUGCAAAAGGUUUAAAUU